CACAGGUAAUAGUUGGAACGGUAUAACGCACAACUUCUAUCACAAGGGCGACCGCAUCUUCAACAUGCGAAAAGGAAAGAAGCCCGAACGGUUCCUUAUCAUCCUCGCAGUAUGUCUAUUUUUAGUGUACAAGCGAAUCCCUUUCUCCUGCGAUUCAAGCCUAGGUAAUGGUUAUAUUAGGUCUGUGAGCAAUGCGUUAUGUACGGACAAUCCCAACACGCAAGGCGACGGUGAAAUAGGUUUAGCUGGGAACGAUACCAAUGCUGAAGGCUUGCAGCAACGUGUUCCACCCGGCUCAAGGGGUAAGAUCAAAUACACGGAUAACGGAGAUGGGUCCGACAGUAUUCGAUCUUCGAGAGAAUCAAGCGAAGAGCGAGGAGGGCAAGCGGUAGUGGCAGAUAAAAGUGGGCAGAGAGAUAUGAGACCAGAGGCCAUACAGGGAAGUGAUCGAAGUGCACACAAAGCCGAAGGAACAUGGGAGGUGGGUGGUGAUGGUGUUAUUGAUCGGACGGAUACUAUAUCGGACAUCGAUGAUGCUAGAGACGAAGCGAAGGAACUAACGCAGGCGAACAGUAAAGAAACCCGUACGAGCGAUUUGAACGUGUAUAGUGGUACAUGCCUACACAACGCGAAGGAAAGAGACCCUAUUAAUAGCCGAGUGCUGGUAGAUAAAGUCGCGGAAGCAAGUAAGGAAUGCCCCAUCCUUCCGUUCCAUAUCAAGCAACCCGGAGAGGGGCAUGACUGUGUACCGUUCCCAGACACCUACACGUACGAUGUCCCGUUACUGGAUCCACACUUGUUUCAUUACAAGAACAAACGGUUUGAAGGCGUGGUGGGUCAUGGAACGGUGAAGGCCUUUGUGCUGAGUACGGCAUACUGCGACUUGCCCGUUAUAGUGGCCAGGCAGAUACAGAAUGUUGGCAGCUACUGGGCUGGUGCCAAGAAGAGCCUAAUUGCUAGAGGCUAUCGUCACUAUCCUCAACGCAUUUCCGCUGGAGAGGCGUACUGCCAGCUACUACAAAUAAGAGAAGCCAAUGCAGACUUGACAAUGAAACAGCGAAGUCAGCUUAAAUCGCAGUGGCUGGGUCAAUGGGAGAAGACCAUGAGGGCCACUUUUGUGAAAGAGACCAAUAGCCAUCGCGCGUUGCUGUCGAGGCUAACCCCUCCGGGAAGGAAAAAGUGAACUCCCGACUGAGGACAAAAAUGAACCCGAUGGCAGAAAAUUAGGACGCUGCCUAUUGAGAAGAAUUGUGCAUUCCAGGUGCAUCAGAAGUACUAUCGACCUGUUAUUCUUGUGCCCAAGGUACUGGCGCCUAGAGCAAAGCCUGGUAGAGUUCUGUGCGACCGUCAGGUUGAUUCGAAUCGAAAUUACUCGGCUGCGAGGAAGUUGUUCUGGCUAAGCCAGUGCCAUGGCUCGUGCCUAACUGACAGACAGGUUGGAUGUGGUACUGUACCGACAGGCCAGUUGGAAAAUAGUUUCCCGUGGCGCUAUAGCUGGAGGGUUGCAGUGGCUAAACAAACGUACGAAUACCAGGCGAGGCCAAGACACUCCAUGAGACGCCCUCCUGGCAUCAGCAUGCUCGAGUAUAGGAAGGUCAAACUUAAAAGGGGUUAGUAGUUCAAUGCUUUCCCUAUAGCGCUGUAGGUACUUUCAAAUACGGAUGCAGUACGCCCAGAUAGACCUGUGGACGUCUUAACAAUGUUAUGCGAGGCCAAAGUGGUCGGGAGAAACCACUCAACGGCAGUUCUUGGGAUGGCCGGAGGUCGAACCAGGUCCCACGGAUUGAGGGGCUGUGGUUGGUUCAGAUAUUCAUACAGCUAGCAGGUACAACAGUCGAUAGAACUACUAAUUGUAUGGCCCAACUAUUUGGCGUUCGACUUUAUAUAGAACGUGGCGCAACUGCUGAUUCUAUAACCCGAAGAAAUGCUAGUCGUGAAUAGUUCGGUACGAGAAGACUAGUUUUUUGAAUUUGAAUCAGUGACGGGGCAUUCGCUGCGAAACGGGUGUCGUCGUACACUCGAAGAAUCCCAUACUAGUUAAUGCAUCUCCAACAGAACUAUGAGUUAAAGCGGAUAUAGUAAAAAAUUACUAGGAGAAUCCCUUACUAUCUCCAAUGGAACUAUAAAAUCUGGGCAUAGCUGAGUUAAAGCGGAUGGAUAUAGCCAUGGGUCAGAUAACAUCAUUUUCAUUUGCUCGUCUACAUUAGGAUUAUGUCAUACAAUAUCGAGUGCCCCACAUAGUACAGGUUCCCGCAAUAAAAAAACUUGAAAUCCGAA